AUAAGCGUCUUAUCUUACAGGUGCUUACUGUUUUCACUCACAGCUUCUUUGGCGCAGCACAUAAGUGAUGUCUUUAGGGCUGGAGCUCGUUGGACUGGUGCUAUGCGUGGUCGGCUGGCUGUUGGCCAUCGUGGCUUGCACUCUCCCCAUGUGGAGGGUCACAGCCUUCAUCGGCUCCAACAUCGUGACCGCUCAGAUCAUCUGGGAUGGUUUGUGGAUGUCCUGUGUGGUCCAGAGCACGGGACAGAUGCAGUGUAAAGUCUACGACUCCAUGCUGGCCCUUUCCCAGGACCUCCAGGCGGCGAGAGCCCUGACCGUGAUCUCCAUCCUUCUCACCAUCCUGGCUGUGCUGGUGUCCAUCGGAGGAGCGAAGUGCACCAACUGCAUCGAGGACGAGUCGUCCAAAGCCAAAGUCAUGAUUCUGGGAGGGGUCCUCUUUAUCGUGGCCGGGGUGAUGCAGCUGAUUCCCGUGUCCUGGUCCGCCAACAGUAUCGUCAGGGAUUUCUACAACCCUCUGCUCCCUGACGCUCAGAGACGGGAGCUCGGGGCAGCGCUCUACAUCGGCUGGGCAUCCGCAUCGCUCUUGAUCAUGGGGGGCUCGUUGCUCUGCUGUUCUUGCCCUCAACAGGAGGACAAGAAAUUCAACCCGUCUAGAAUGCCGUACCCCGCGUCUCGCUCCACAGCUGGUGGUGGGUAUGACAGAAGAGACUACGUAUGAAACCAUGAAAGCGGACCUCUGAAUUUACUGGUGAAACGGUUGACACGAGGGCAUCGUUUUUCGUGGUAAAAGCGAAAAUCUGCCGCUCAGACUCCAUGAUGAGGGAACUCCAAGUUUGAUGACGUUUUUAUGUACUUUUGUGUUGUUGGUCUAUGCUCUUGGCUUUUUAGAGACAUAUGGACAUUAUGGUGAUAGUGACAUAAGAUUGUCUAAGUGAAUUUUCAACAAAGCAUCGUUUUUGUAGGUUAAGUGUAUAGAGCUGGCCUUCCCUUUGAGAAGCUUACACAAACAGACUUUUGCUUCUUUAAAAGUUUUUGUACAUGCAGCUUUUAUGAGUUAAUAAUUAUUUGUCACAAUGCAGAUUACGGGACAGAUUUAAGAUACUGCUGAAAAUGUGGCUGACCUACAACCUUUAUAUUUAUAGACUAUUUAACCAAAACAGUUGAUUUAAAACCCCAAAAGUACAUGUUGUGUCAAAUCAAUGUUUACUGUUCAUUGUCCUGUAUCUGGUUUCAAUGUUAGGACUAGUUGCACUAACCUGAUUUAGUUGUAGCUUUUGCCUUCAACGUUGUACGAUUUCUGUAUUGUUCAUUUAUAAUCCAACAUUCGCUGUCGAUUGUAAAUGUUUCAUACUGUUAUUUGUGUUUCAUACUUAUUUAUACAGUACUGUAUUUUUAUCCAGGACUCCUGCUCAAGUUUUGAAAUGAGCAAUGUUGCUAAAUCAAUCUUCCACGCUCAUUGUUAUUGUGUCAUUGUUACACUUCAUUUCGUAUUCUUAAAUUAAAACCAUUUGUCAACUUGUAAG